AUGUCAAGUGAUCAAACAUUAAGAGAUCUUUAUUCAAAUACACGUGGUUCUGUCACAUCUCCACGAAAACUCUAUUUUAGACGAUUACCUUUUAAUUAUACUGAACUUGAACAUCGUCGCCCAAUUCGUAUAUUUUUUACUAAUCCAGCCAAAAAAGAUGAACAACGUGAAGUACAACUUUAUGUAAAAAAAUCUUCGACUGUUGCUGAAUUUCUUGAUGAAGUUAAACAAUGGAUUCCUAGUGUUUGUUCCGAGAAUGGUAGUCAACAAUUAAGAUUAAUUGAAGUAACAUUAUCAAGUCAAAUAAAUUCUCUUCCAUUUCAUCUUAAUAUAUGGUCAAAUCGAUCAUGUAUGGAUGAACUUGAAAAUUGUUCAAAUCGAUAUUAUCAUUUAGAAGAAAUAUCUAAUGAUGAAAUUGAUCUUGAAAAAGAUAGUGAAUUAAUACCUGUUGCACAUUAUACUAAAGAAAAUAUUAUUCAAAUAAAUAUUCAAAAAUUUUUUCCAUUUCUACUUAAAGUGAUACAUAAUGAAUCAUUUGGUGAUGUUAAACAGCGAUUACAAACAAAAAUGGGUCUUGUUAAUAGAGAAUUUGAAAAAUAUCGAUUUUCGAUAUUUAAUGGUAGUAAAGUAAUAUCACGAUGCGAUGAUAAUAUGGGAAAGAUUAAUGUAAAUGAACUAAAAUUAGUACAAAGUAUAUGUUGGCUUGGUUUAGAAUUACCAUCGAUAUCAAAUCCACGCAAGACUCGAAAAUCACUUUUUUCAGAAAAACCGAUUCGAAUAAACUAG